AGCGCACUCAGACUGAGAACAGAAACAUGUCGGUGCACUUCCUGCGCCCUUAUUCAGUCGGGUAGCUUUCAGCUCACUGCGCGAUUGUUUCGGCCGGUUUCAUGGAGAAGAUGCGGCACAAGGCGUUGAGCUCGAUCGUGGGACUGCUGUGUACGGGGACCUGUGUGGUGCAGGGAAAGGAGUUUUGUUUUGACGUGAACAAUGAGAAAUACAGAUGUGAGAUGGGCUACUGUUGUGGCGAGACGGAGUGCUGCACAUACUACUACGAGCUGUGGUGGUUCUGGCUGGUGUGGACUCUCAUCAUCAUGCUGAGCUGCUGCUGUGCAUACCGACACCGGCGUGUUAAGCUGCGCCUGCAGCAGGAACAAAGACAGAGAGAGAUCAGCCUCAUAGCCUACCAGGGAGCUUCCAGUUCUUUCAUUUCCCCACCACCUCUUAACCUGCCCUUUUGGACAGACUGCAAGCUCCCGGACUACGAAGAAGUAGUAGGUCACCCACCGACCCCUCCUCCGCCUUACUCCGAGAUGCCUCCCGAACCCUCGUCCUCCGUCCAGCCGCACGUCCUCUCCUCCGACUCACCCGUGGUACUGGAAGCCGCGCAGACAGAGAACGCCGCGCCCGGUCUGCUCGAACCGGACCUCGGAGCGGCCGCCGCCCGGUCAGGAUCCCGCGAGGAAGAAGAUUCAGCCAGCGUUCUGGACGAAGAGCUGAACACCAGGCGCAGACACGUGACCGGCGACUCGGGAAUCGAAAUGUGCGUGUGCCAGCUGGACGUGGUCGAAUGCUCAGGGCUUGAGCAGGACGGAGGCGGGCUGUGCCAGGCGCCGGGGGGGAGUUGCUGCUCCGAGAGCCAGCCUCUCGCACCCAAAGAGAGCUCGUGCCCACCAAAUACCAGUGAAGAGCAUCUGGUCUGAGUCACUUUAUGCUACCUGCAGUAAGCGUUGGUUAGUGGCAUAGGGUUUUGUCUUGGUUUAAACUGUGAACAAGUCAUUCAUUAAGAAUUUCUUUAGAGUUUUGGUCGGCAGCCUGUAAGAUGACCUUUAAAUGCACAUGACGGUGUGUUUUGCCUUAGUUUGGCGCCAGUGGCAGCCGGCGCUAAUGUUUGCCAUGGAUCUGGCCUGAGAAAAAAGUGCAGUGCUUAGAAGUCGAGCUUCUUCACAUUUCAAUUAACCAAAUAUGAGUUAUGAGUUUUCUUACCCGUUGCUUGUCCAUGUUGCUUGUCCACCCCCCCUUCCCCACACAUGGCUUCACAACUUCUUUUCUGUACUUGGAACUGAAUGGCCAGAAAUGGAGGCGAUGAUCUGAUCUAGAAGAAAAGCACCAGCAGGAGCCGGCUGUGAGGAUUACAUCAGCCGAGCUCCGUCCCGACGGAUUAAAGCAACACUCGAAGACACCGAGGAUCUGGAGCUCCUAGCUCAGCUAGGCUCGAGGAAAUAUCAUUUGGGACGGGACUGUUAGUACACACUUAGAGCUUGCUCACGUUUCAUUUUGCAUGGUAUGUUUGAUCUGUGAAGAUGAAGCCACGAUGCAGGACCGGCCAGCAAAACCAAAGCAUCCGGGGCACCUUAACAUGACGUCUUAACAUUUCCAGCAUUCACACAUGCCAGAUCCUCUUGCGUUAAUGGUGUUGCCUUAUUGUGAACAUUUAGGGUCAAAAUCAUUGUCCAAGUUUAAAGCAACACAGGUUCCAAAGCCAGCAGAAUGAAUGAAGAACGUUUAACUCCUGACGUUAGGGAGUAAUACUGCCAGCUUCACCUUCAGCACCCUUGGACUGCACAUCUGCAAAUUCAGCUUCUAUAAAAAGCCAGCGGAUGGCUGCCUACUCACAGACCAAAUAAUUACACAAUACACGUUCGGCCAAGGAGUGACGAGAACCGACACGUUGCAUGUGGGCUCUGAUUUUGAACACGGUUGUUGUUUUAAAUGCCACUUAAGAUGACGAACAUAAGAUGACCUGAUUCUUCACCUUGUUGACCACUUUUUAAAUGGCU